CUGAGAUUAGCUCUCCAUAAGAAUGUCCUACUUUCUGCAGACUUGAGCACCCUUUACAGCAAACCUGGCAGGGCCCUUGCUCAGAAAGCUCCAUUUCUUCUUCUUUCUGCUUCCGUUUCCCUGGUUUUAUCACAGCUUGGUCACUCUUGAACUGUAGCUUCCAAAGUCAUAUGCUUCAUCAUCAUCAUCAUCUUCUUCUUCUUCAUGUUCUGGUUUUCUGUUUCUUGAUUCAUCAACCUUGCUCAGCUGCACCUAUGGCAUCUACAAAGUAAGUAGAACUGUUCUGCAAGAUUGAACCGUGAUUUUGUUUGUAAAAUCAGGAACAGUAUUCUAUUCAGAGAUGACAAACAAGCUCUCUCUUUCCCAUCAGCUAGAGCAAGACAAGCCUGUGAUCAGAAGCCUCGCUGCAUCCUUAUUGGUGUCGAUUUCAGAGAUCACGGCGUUAGUGGCAAGCAUAGAAGUAGAGCAGCAUACCUUUGUUGAAUUUGGUAGCUGCCUUUACCGGGCUUCUGUGGUUGUCAUGGAACUGCAGGCAUCAGACAACGCCUCAACAAAUUCAAGGGAGAUUUUGCAGUCUCUGUCCAAAACCAUUGGUUUUGCCAAAGAAGUUGUCGAGGAAUGCAAGAAGGGAGCUCAUUCGAGUCUUAAUCAUGAAGUGAGGAGCACGAUAGGACAGCUCCAGAGGGUUGUAAACUGCAUAGGGAAAGAACUUGGUUUAAUACCAUCAUCAACAUUUGGUGAUCAACGAUUUGCAGAAAUUGCGGUUUGUGCUCUUUCAAAGGAGAUGAAAAACCUUCACUUUGAAUUUGCCCUAAAUCAGCUAUCAGAGGAGAAAGAACUUGAACCCCUUGUAUCAAAGAAAGAAGUAGUCGAAACAGAAACAGAAGCAGAAACAGAUCUCUACUCCAUCGAUCAAUUUUCCAGGGAAAUUAAUCAGUUGUCAGAUGCAGCAAACCAAAAUCUUCUUGAACUAUUUGGAAGCACAAAUAGCAGUGGCCAAAUGAACAGUGAGAGCUUGACCUCUGGAUCCUUGACUACUUUUCCGCAGCUAGCUCAGUACAUGGAGCCUCUGUAUGAUACUUUCUGCUGUCCAUUGACGAAGAAAAUUAUGGAUGAUGCAGUCACCAUAGAAACUGGAAUAACCUAUGAGAGGAAGGCCAUUGUCGAGUGGUAUGAAAAGUUCAAAAAUCCAGAGGACAUCAUCUGUCCAAAAACUGGGCAGAAGCUGCAGAGCAGAGUUCUGAGCACGAAUAUGGCUCUGAAGGCAACGAUACAGCAGUGGAAAGAAAGGAAUGAAGUAACAAGAAUGAAGGUUGCCCGGGCAGCACUAUCACUUGCCAGUACAGAGAGUAUGGUCCUUGAAGCACUUAAAGAUUUACACAGCAUCUGCAAUGGCAAGCAGAAUAAUAAAGUACAGGUUUGUAGCUUGGGGUUGGUACCACUGCUUGUUAAGUUCCUGGAGUAUAAAGAAAGAAAGGUGAGAAAUGCUACCCUGGAAUUGUUGCUUCUACUGACCGAGGAUGAUAAUAACGAGGGUAAGAAAAUAGUGGCAUUGGCAGUUAACUUGUCGAUCCUAAUCAACAUGCUAUCGAGUAACCACCAACCCAUAAGGCACAAAUUGCUACAACUAUUGCUUCGGCUGUCAAGUUCUCAAUCUGAAUGUCAGAAAUUUGGAUCAGUUGCUGGAGGAAUACUAAUGCUUGUAUCAAUCAAAUAUAAAUGGUCCUCUGAUGCCUUUGCUUGUGAGUUAGCAGACGAUAUCUUAAAGAACCUGGAGAAAUGUCCAGAAAACAUUAAGCUCAUGGCCAAAAAUGGACUCUUGGAACCUCUUCUAAAUCAUCUCAUUGAAGGUAAUCAAGAGAUGAAGAUGGAGAUGGCAAGUUACCUUGGGGAGAUUGUUCUAGGACAUGAAGGCAAAAUCCAAGCGGCCGAGAGGGCCUGUCCUGCCCUCAUCAACAUGGUGCAGAGUGGAAACUCUCUGACUAGAAAAGCGGCGUUUAAAGCUCUGAAGCAGAUCUCUUCUCAUCAUCCAAGCAGCAAGGUGCUGGUCGAAGCUGGAACAGCACGAAUCAUGUUCGACGAAAUGUUUGAAAGAACAAUCUACAACGAGCCAAUGAACUCGAAAACUGAAGCUGCUGCAAUCCUUGCAAACAUACUCGAAUCAGGCCUGGACCUGGAAUCUUCCGGGCAGACGAUGGAUUUAGAUUACAUUGUUUACAACAUCGUCCACUUGCUCAAGAAUUCAACCCCGGAUGAGCUCAACAUCAAUCUCUUCAGAAUCCUCUUGUGUUUGACAAGAUCCCCAAAAAUGGCAUCCACCAUGGUCCCUGUAAUCAAAGAGACUGAAGCUAGCUACAAUCUCGUUGAGCUGAUCAAUAACCCUAACGAAGAAGUCGCUGUUUCAGCGAUUAAGCUGCUCGUCGCGCUCUCGCCAUACAUGGGGCACACGUUGGCCGACAGGCUCUGCAAAAUCAGAGGCCUACCCGAAACCCUAAUCCAAACUGAAACAACGCGGAUUACUGAGAAACACGCGCUUUCAGCGAAUCUGCUUGCGAAGCUCCCCCAUCAAAACCUUGCGCUCAACCUGAAUCUGCUCAACAAGAACACGGUUCCAUUGAUUCUACAAGCCAUCGGCCGGAUCCAGAGAUCCGGCCUUAGAACAAGCCGCUACGCAAUCGCUUACUUAGAGGGCUUAGUCGGCAUUCUCGUUCGAUUCACAACGACGCUAUACGAUCACCAGGUUCUGUCUCUCGCGAAAGGCUACAAUUUCACCGCCAUAUUCGCCGAUCUGCUCGCGAUGACGUCGAGCGACGAAGUCCAGCGACUCGCCGCCGUCGGCUUGGCGAAUCUCUCCACCCUAUCCAUCACCCUAUCGAAACCGCCGCAAGCAAAUAAACCGAAGUCCAAGAAACUGAUGGCCUCACUGAAACGCUCGUCGCUUAAUUCGUCAAAGUACAGCCACAGGCAGCCGGUUUGUCGAGUUCACAGAGGGGACUGUUCUUCGGAAGAAACCUUCUGUCUGCUCGAAGCGAAGGCGGUGGAGCAGCUUCUGGACUGCUUGGAGCACGAAAAUGGCGACGUGGUCGAGGCUGCACUGUCAGCCAUAAUCACAUUGCUUGACGAGAAGGUGGAUGUGGAGAGCAGCGUGAGCGUAUUGAGGGAAGCGAACGGCAUUGGGCGAGUGGUGAAUGUGGUGAAGGAGCACGAAGAAGAGAGGCUAUGGCAGAAAUCGCUGUGGGUGAUUGAGAGGGUCUUGAUGAACAGUGGCGAUCGGAGCUCCGCUUCGGAGAUAUCGGGAGAUAGGGUUCUGCCGGCGGUGCUGAUCACCGCUUUCCGGCACCGGAAUGAGAGAAUACGGCAGCUGGCAGAGAACAUCUUGAGGUACUUGAACAAGGUGCCCGAUUUCACUUCCAUUACCAACUUUACAUUGUAAAUUACCCUAAUUUAUCACAUACCCUGUAAAAACCCCAUAGAUAUAGUUGAUGAAAAUAUAAUUAGGUUUGAUUGUGUUGGG